GGCUGGAGUUUUCCCUUCGUCUCACGUUCAAAACCUGCAACUGCCCCUUCUCUGGCCGGAAAAAUCCGAACGGAAUCCCCUCUCCCCCUCCCUCUCCCCCUUUUUUUUUUUUCGGUGCUCUUUUCCGGUGAUCUUCCCCCGAAAUCUCCCCAUGCAAUCAGGUAUUCUCUCUUCCUUCCCUCUAGGGUUUGAAACUCUACUUCUUGGGGUUAAGGUUUUCAAAAUCUAGGGCUUACGGGGGGAAAAAAAGGAAAAGGCUAGGGUUUGGAAGCUUUAAUCCUUUAUAUUUCCGUUUUCUUUAAAUUUCGAUGAAGCGACAGAGAUCGUACGGCGAAGAUCUCGCCGCCGUCGGUGACAAGGGUGUUCUUAAGGAUUGGGGACGGAGGGGCCAAGAUCCGGACCGUUCGUUCGCUCACCGUCGAUUCUGUCCGAAAGCUGAUGGUGGACGGAGGGGAUCUUAUGAUCGGUCUCUUGACGAUGAUCGAGAGCUCGGGAGGCCCUCCUGGAAGCGGUUCGACCAUGAAUCCGAUGGUUUUGAUCGGAGGAAGGGGUUUGAUCGGUACGAUCGGAUGAUGCCAGCUUCUUCCCCGCGGAACGUCUACUGUGGGCCUGAGAAGAUUCACCGAUCUGAAAGCUUUUCCAGGCGAGACUUUCCGAAAGGGUUUCGGUCAUGGAGGGAACCCACGUUGCGGAAGGAGAACGUCUCGUCGUGGCGGAGAUCAGUUGGGAAUGGCGGGAAAGAUGUCGAUGAGGAUCCGAGGAGUGGGAAUCGGGUCGGGUCUGAGGAUAGAGGGAGUUCAAGGUCGUCUGCUGGGUCUAGAGAUGUUGGGAAGUCGCCGCCAUGGUCUAAGGACUCCAGUGUUGAGCAGUCGAAGAGCAUCGAGUUGGAGAAGAUGGAAGAAGCCAAUGGGGAGAGCAAUAGGGGCAGUGAAAUGGAAGAAGGGGAGCUUGAACCCGAUCCUGAACUGAAGCCUGAGCAAGAGCCACAGAAGGAGGCAGGGUCCACGAAAUGUCAGACAAGGUCAGGAAUGAAAAUGGAGGACGCGGAAUCAUCCGAUGGUGAGAAAUUGGAGAUUGAGGGAAAACAGGAAGACGAAAUGUUUGAGGCAGUGACAGGAACAAGUAGGGCUGAGGAAGUCAAUGAGGUGCCAGAUUGUGAGGUUGACACUGCAGUUGAAUUGCUUGAGAGGGACGAAGAUGUUGAAGCUAAGGGAAGCAGAGAAAAGGAUGAAAAUGCCGAGGAAGAAUGCACCGGUUUACCUUCCCCUUACCAUGAACCUGAAAGCAGGAGGAAAGAGGAAAUCAAUGAGGAAAUAAGUAUUGAGAAACCCUUGCCUUUGGAGGAGGAACAGAAACAAGGAAGAAGCACAGACCUCGGAAUCAAAGCAGGGGGUGCUAAUUUGCCCAAUCCAAAUAAGGAAGCUACAGAAGAGAAUGACACACCCAAGUUACCUUUGAGGUUGAUGACAGAUGAGCUGACUGAUAAAGGAAAGGACAAAGGUAAAGGACUGGCCGUUUCAACCCCCGAUGAAGGGAAUUCUAUGGAAGUUGGUGGGUGGAUGACAAGAGAUUUGAUGGUGGGCAGAGAUGAUGUUAUGGCAGGACCGAGCACUGGGAGCCUUGAGUUAUUUUUAUUCUCCGAUGUUACAAGACAGGAGAGUAAAAACCAUUCAGGUGACAGUCAGAACAAGGAUGAGAGGUUGAGAAUGGAGCCACUCGAAUUGUCUCUUGGUUUGCCAGGUAUUUCAAUAGCUCCUGCUUCCCACAAUCCAGUCGAAGCUCCCAAAUUGCCAAGCCAUGCUCCAAAUUCCCCUACUCAUGGGAGAAGUGUGCACUCUUUGCCUACCACAUUCCGUACAAGCUCGGAUGGGUUUACUGCAUCAAUUUCUUGUUCAGGUUCGCAGACAUUGUUCCACAACCCAAGCUGCUCUCUCACACACAACUCAUUUGAAAACUAUGAACAGUCUGUUGGCAGCCAUCCUAUAUUUCAAGGAGUUGAUCAAGUUCCGCACAUCACUCGGCAUGGUCAGUCCUCCAAUGAGCCAAAAUGCAAAGAAAUUUCGUUGUGUCCAAGGAUGCUACAGAAUGGGAACGGGGCUCGUCAUGCUUCUCAAGCAACACGGGGCAGGUUAAAUUCUCAAGCUGUGCAAGGGCAGUAUGUGAAGGUGUCAGAAGGAAGUACUGGAAUACCUAAUGGCAUGGAUCAGCGGUUGAUUCUUUCAAGGCAAUUGUCUGGACAAUUGAGGCAAGAUGAUGUCAAGUCCCCCCCACACAGUGUUGGUUCCCAUGAAACUAGAUCAGAGCAUACGAAGGAUAGGAAGCAGGUGAUGAGAGAGAGUAACAGUGGUAGUCUAUUGACGAUUGGUCAGAGGGAAACGGGACAGCUUGUUCUGAAUGGCACUAAUGUUUUUGAGAGAAUAAUUGCUGGCAUUGUAUCAGAACCAAUACAAAUAAUGGCUGGGAGAAUCGAAAAAAUGACAGAUCAGUCCAUAUCAUCUCUAAAGGAGAGCGUUAAUGAGAUAAUACAUAAUAGAGAUAAGCACAAGCAAUUACGGGCAUUGCAGGAAGCACUUCAAAGGAGGUCCGACCUUACACUGGGGGCAUUAAUGAAUUGUCAUCGGGUGCAGGUGGAGAUCCUUGUGGCUCUUAAGACUGGCCUUCGGGAUUUCCUUCGGCCAGACUAUAAUAUUCCAUCUUCUGUUUUAGUCGAGAUUUUUCUGAAUUUGAAGUGUAGAAAUCUUGCGUGUCAGAGUAUGUUGUCCAUGGAUGAAUGCGAUUGCAAGUUCUGUGUGCAAAAGAACGGAUUCUGCCGAGAUUGCAUGUGUCUUGUUUGCUCAAAGUUUGACAUGGCAUCCAAUACUUGUAGUUGGGUUGGCUGUGAUGUGUGUUAUCAUUGGUGCCAUACGGAUUGUGGGUUACGGGAUUCUCAUAUCAGAAAUGGGCUCAGUGUCAUGGGGGCUCAAGGAACGACUGAGAUGCAGUUUCACUGUAUUGCCUGCGAUCAUCCUUCUGAGAUGUUUGGCUUUGUGAAGGAAGUCUUCAAAACUUGUGCACAGGAUUGGAAGGCUGAAACGCUUUCCAAGGAACUUGAAUAUGUGAGGAGGAUCUUUCAUGCCAGUGAGGAUGCAAGAGGAAAGCAACUGCAUGACGUUGCUGUUCAGAUGUUGGUGAAACUGGAAAAUAAAUCCAAUCUUACUGAGGUCUACAGCAGUAUCAUAUCGUUCUUAACUGAAAGUGAUUCCAAGUUUGGCAACAGUCCUUCCACCAUUUCGGUAAAGGAGCUAUACCAGACGAACCCAGGAGAAGGAAGCAAUGGCAUAGUUGGUCCAAGCCAGGAAGCUGCAAGGCUGAGGUAUGCCUCAACAGAGAAAGCUCGUGCGGGGGAAAAUUCAGGUAGCAUUCUUCCCAGGUUUGAUUGGGAUCGGAUGGGUAAUCAAACUGGGGUCCCAGAGUUGCAACCAAAGGUCGAAAAGAGGCCUGUUGUGGAUGAACUAGAGAGCAUUGUGAGGAUCAAACAGGCAGAGGCUGAAAUGUUCCAGGCACGAGCUGAUAAUGCAAGAAGAGAAGCUGAAGGCCUGAAACGUAUUGCAAAUGCAAAAAAUGAGAAGUUUGAACGAGAGCAUGCGAUCAGAAUAAGCAAGUUAUGCUUGGUUGAGGCUGAGGAAAGACGCAAACAAAAGCUGGAAGAACUUCAAGUUUUAGAAAAGGCACACCUCGAGUACUUUAAUAUGAAGAUGAGGAUGGAAACCGAUAUUAAAGAUCUGUUGUUGAAAAUGGAAGCUACAAAGCGCAACCUUCAUACAUGAUGACACAGCAGUAGACAUUAUAGAUCCGAGGCAACUGUACCUUUGUAGGGUAACCUCUUGGCCUGAAAGUUUAGAUGCAGAUUGUAAGUUUUGGUCUUGGUGGUUUAGGGUUUAUAUUGGGUACAAUGAGGCUGUCAGAUUAGUUUCUUUAUUAUUUUCUUUUCGUCCCACUAACUAAAGUCUGUACAGAGAAUACUCCAUCUAUUUUGAAAUGGUUGGUUCCCACAUGAUGCAAAUUGAAAGAGGAAUAUUGGUUCACUAA